CACCAUCUCGCGCACCACCAAGACGAACUCACAGUAUUCUCACUCUCGCUUCACACCAUCAGACUCCAGAUAUGCAGCUCCCACUUCUCGCUCUGGCCGUCUUCGGCCUGUCAAGUGCAGCACCACUUGCAAAUCCUGAAGCCGAACCAGCUCCAGUCCCAGUCCAGCUCCCAGCGUCUCAGAACACCCAAGUCCAGAUCAUCAAUCUUCAAGCCACAAUUGUCAACCUGGCCGAUGACAUCGUCAAGACAAACCAAGGCAAAGCCAAGAACGACUACAACACCGCCAGCACCCAACUCACAAACAUCGGCAACAUCGUCAAGACUCCCACAUCAUACCAAUGCCCCCCGCCAACCAGUAACGGCCGCAUCACCACCGCCGAGAACGCACUCAUAGCCUUAAACACCACCCAAAACCAACUCUCCACCCUCUCCCUCCACCUCCAAGACCCAAACUCUUCCAACAAACUCAUAAACUCCGACUUCUGCUCCGCCUCCUCCAACCUCCAAUCAAUAAACCACUACAUCACCUCCAUCCUCGGAACCCCCUCCAACGGCCCCUCCAACCAACCCAUCGCCCAAUCCCUAACAUCUUCCGGCUCCGGCUACGACGAAACAAAACUCGGAGAAACCUACCAAUCCUCUCUCGUAUCCCUCGAAGCCCUCCUCGCAGCCCUCAACAUCACGGGCAAAUCUCAGCAGAGUAGAGAUGCGUUCUCCAAAGCGGAAAGUGCGUUAGAGACUUAUCGUCAGGCUGCGAAUCCGGGCGUGGGAAGUUGUCCGAUGAUUAAAUUUGGGGGUGUGGAGACGAGGCAGCAGGCUGUGGAGUUUGUGAAGAGGGUUGAGAGGCUGGUUCAGGAGGUUUAUGCUGAUACUAGAGCGCGGAAUGGGGAGGCGCAUGGGGAUUUUUGUUGGAUUGAUGGGUAUAUGACGGCGGUUGGGGGGUUUGUUGGGGCUUGAAUGCUGGGACUGGAUUGGAUUGGAUUGCAUGGACGGUCAUUGUUCGAGAGAUGUGAGAGGUGGCUUUUUGUGGUAGUGGAUAUGUGUGUCUUUGAUUCAGAAAGUUUUGUUUUUUCUCGGAUAUGUCAGCUGCAAGACACAGUCAUUUUUGAGGCCAGCUCACUCCUGUCCAGCUUAGGAUGAUUCCUUUUCAAUACAUGCCCAGAUCCAAGGACUUUAAUGUCCCACCGGCAGACAUGUAUCCAAACAAUGCUUCUGUCUUCUCUCC